AUGGGGAAAGCAAAGAGCUCAAGGAAAGGAAAAAAGGCGUGGAGGGCUAAUAUAAGCACCCAAGAUUUUGAAGAUUUCUUUGAGAAGUCCACAAAAGAUACCCUUUCAGGCGGAUCUUUGGCCGACGCCCCCAGCGAUUCUCUGUUUUUCGUUGAUAAGUCCAGAGAUCUUUCUGUCAAGCGAAAGAUUGAGAAAAGUAGAGAAAAAGUACUGCGUUGUGAUAGUGUGUUGCAGAGAAACCCUUUUGUUAAGCCCAUUCCUUCCUCUGUACAGAAGAAGAAGAAACCAAAAAAGGCAGUUAAAUCUGUUCAAAAAGGCAAACAUGAAGAUGCUGUAGAGGGCGGUGCUAAAAAUGAGAGUGGACAUGAUUUUGGCAUGGUUGAUUUAUGGGAAGAUAAUGGUACUUUGUUUAAACCCAAGUCUUCUAUUAUACCUGCUGUUGAAGUUGAACCUCCUGGAUGCUCAUUCAAUCCUGAACCCAAUAGCCAUCAGGAUGCGCUAGCUUGUGCUGUAGCUGAUGAAAUGCAGAAGAUUUAUCGACAGGAGUUGGGGCCCGAGCCUAUUCCUCUGGUUGUUCCUGGGGAAGAAGUUGAUGAAGAAGAUAAAUAUUUCCUUGAGGCGGAUAGAAGUGAUGAUGAUGCGCAAGAUGAAAAUCGGACGGAUAACGAAGAUGAAGAUUCGGAGAAGAGGCCUCAUAAAACCAAAAAGGUCACUCGGGUCGUGUUGAAUCGGAGGGCUAGGAGGAAGGAACAAUUGAAAGCUGAAGCUGAAGCCAAGAAAAUUGAGGGGCUCUCAAAAGACAUAGACAGUUUACCCAAUAUAAUGCAAGAAAUAGCAGAAGAGGAUGAAGAGAAAGACAAGAGACAUUUGCGGCGAAUGAUUGCUAAACAAGAAAAACUGAAGGCUCAUCCACCUCGCCUUGGAAAGUACAAAUUUGAUCCUGCUCCUCUCCAAGUCCUGUUAUCUGAAGAGAAAACUGGUUCACUUCGUCAGCUGAAGGGCUGUUGCACUCUUGUGAGGGAUCGGUUUAAGAGCCUGGAGAAACGAGGGUUGAUUGUGCCAUCAAAGAAGAGCGGCAGGAAGUAA